CUACAUAUUCGAAACUCAUGACCACAAGACGUUGAAAAACUGCUCGAGUUGCUCAAAUACCUAGUACCUAGCGUACCUCUUUCUACACCGAACAUUUCACUCAUAGGUACAUAAUAGCGCGGUCGCAAUCCCUUUCCCCCGUAAACUACUACUAGGUGAUCGAACAGAAAAAAAAAAACUCCAAGUUAUUUAUGUGUGUACGUACGUACUUAUAUGUAUUAUGUACAGUAGGUACUUUCUCCUUCUCCUUCUCAUUCUCAACAACGACGGCAAGUAGCAAUCAAUAUGUAGACGACACGUUCUUGAUCGUCGUUGCCGUUGCCGUUGUCAUUUUCGUCAUCGCAACUCCUACACCUGCACCUGCACCUACACACACGGGAGUCUGUUGCGAUACAUAUUCGAUUUUUUCCUUUCUUCCUUCUCAGUUUUCUCUCUCUCGAAUUUGUGUUAUUGUUUUCUGAUUCCCCCGGGCCGGGCCGGGCCAAAUCCUCCUUAGCCAGUGCCCCCAGGAGGUUUUGUUGUUUUUGUUGUUGUUGUUGUUUGCAAAUGUAACAUUAAGCCGCCCGUUGACCCCCCCUCCCCCUUUCUCCAUUCAUUCUCUUUGCCGACGAAUGCAUGCUUGCCUCCUUAAACCCCCCUCUUACCAAUCCCUUCAUCCUCCUCCUCCUCCUCUUCUUCCAUGCAUUCUCCACCUCAAAAGAAGACCAUGAAUCGUGCAAAAAAAAGGAAGCGGGCGUCGAAUAGAAUGAUCUCGUCUACGGGGGUGUUAUAAAAAGAAAGGAAAAAGAAUCGAUUGUUUAAAAUACAAGAUUAGAAUUGAACAUGCAAAUUUGUGAAGUGAA